AUGUAGGUUAAAUUGUGCAGGUUGUCUAUCAUUAUGUAACAAGAAAUCUACGUUAUUGUCGGAACUAAACGUCGAUAUAGGAUGAAAUAAUGUUAUGAACUGGGAUUUAGAUGUGAAAAUGAUACGUGUGUGCGAAUGCUUUAUGGGUAUAAAUGGGGUUACCUUAGUGACGGUUUUGGUAUGGAUGCCAUCCCAAACAAAACAGAAGAUUGGAGUUAUAGGGGGUUGUGAGUUUUGUGAGGAGUACAUUGCAUAGCCUUGCUGAAGAGGCCAUCGUCAUCUCUGAUUCAGAGGUGGAGGCAGAAGCUCCGGUCGAAGUUAUACCGGGGUCUCGGCAGGCGGAGGGUGCUGUAGUUUGGCUCUCCUCUGAGGUUGAGGACUCCGGUUGAAUGUUGGGCAGUGUGGAUGGCAAGGAGGUGAGGGUGACGUGGGAGUUGGCUCCUACCGGAGAGGACAGACUCAGUUUCUCAGAGAUGGAGGUGGAUAUUUCGGUUGGAGGAUGAGGUGGAGGUGACAGAUAUGGCCGUAGUCCCAGAGUCUGGGAGGGUCAGCUUGGAGGAUGAGAUGGAGGUGAGAGAGAUGGCCGUAGUCCCAGAGUCUGGGAGGGUCAGGUUGGAGGAUGAGGUGGAGGUGAGAGAGAUGGCCGUAGUCCAAGAGUCUGGGAGGGUCAGGUUGGAGGAUGAGGUCGAGGUGAGAGAGAUGGCCGUAGUGCCAGAGUCUGGGAGGGUCAGGUUGGAGGAUGAGGUGGAUGUGAGAGAGAUGGCCGUAGUCCAAGAGUCUGGAAGGGUUAGGUUGGAGGAUGAGGUGGAUGUGAGAGAGAUGGCUGUAGUGCCAGAGUCUGGGAGGGUCAGGUUGGAGGAUGAGGUGGAUGUGAGAGAGAUGGCCGUAGUCCAAGAGUCUGGGAGGGUCAGGUUGGAGGAUGAGGUGGAUGUGAGAGAGAUGGCCGUAGUCCAAGAGUCUGGGAGGGUCAGGUUGGAGGAUGAGGUCGAGGUGACAGAUAUGGCCGUAGUCCAAGAGUCUGGGAGGGUCAGGUUGGAGGAUGAGGUGGAUGUGAGAGAGAUGGCCGUAGUCCAAGAGUCUGGAAGGGUCAGGUUGGAGGAUGAGGUGGAUGUGAGAGAGAUGGCCGUAGUCCAAGAGUCUGGAAGGGUCAGGUUGGAGGAUGAGGUGGAUGUGAGAGAGAUGGCCGUAGUCCAAGAGUCUGGAAGGGUCAGGUUGGAGGAUGAGGUCGAGGUGACAGAUAUGGCCGUAGUCCAAGAGUCUGGAAGGGUCAGGUUGGAGGAUGAGGUGGAUGUGAGAGAGAUGGCUGUAGUGCCAGAGUCUGGAAGGGUCAGGUUGGAGGAUGAGGUGGAUGUGAGAGAGAUGGCCGUAGUCCAAGAGUCUGGGAGGGUCAGGUUAGAGGAUGAGGUGGAUGUGAGAGAGAUGGCCGUAGUCCAAGAGUCUGGAAGGGUCAGGUUGGAGGAUGAGGUGGAUGUGAGAGAGAUGGCCGUAGUCCCAGAGUCUGGAAGGGUCAGGUUGGAGGAUGAGGUGGAUGUGAGAGAGAUGGCCGUAGUCCAAGAGUCUGGAAGGGUCAGGUUGGAGGAUGAGGUCGAGGUGACAGAUAUGGCCGUAGUCCAAGAGUCUGGAAGGGUCAGGUUGGAGGAUGAGGUGGAUGUGAGAGAGAUGGCCGUAGUCCAAGAGUCUGGGAGGGUCAGGUUGGAGGAUGAGGUGGAUGUGAGAGAGAUGGCCGUAGUCCAAGAGUCUGGAAGGGUCAGGUUGGAGGAUGAGGUGGAUGUGAGAGAGAUGGCCGUAGUCCCAGAGUCUGGAAGGGUCAGGUUGGAGGAUGAGGUGGAUGUGAGAGAGAUGGCCGUAGUCCAAGAGUCUGGAAGGGUCAGGUUGGAGGAUGAGGUGGAUGUGAGAGAGAUGGCUGUAGUGCCAGAGUCUGGAAGGGUCAGGUUGGAGGAUGAGGUGGAUGUGAGAGAGAUGGCCGUAGUCCAAGAGUCUGGAAGGGUCAGGUUGGAGGAUGAGGUGGAUGUGAGAGAGAUGGCCGUAGUCCAAGAGUCUGGAAGGGUCAGGUUGGAGGAUGAGGUGGAUGUGAGAGAGAUGGCCGUAGUGCCAGAGUCUGGGAGGGUCAGGUUGGAGGAUGAGGUGGAUGUGAGAGAGAUGGCUGUAGUGCCAGAGUCUGGGAGGGUCAGGUUGGAGGAUGAGGUGGAUGUGAGAGAGAUGGCCGUAGUUCAAGAAUCUGGGAGGGUCAGGUUGGAGGAUGAGGUGGAUGUGAGAGAGAUGGCCGUAGUGCCAGAGUCUGGAAGGGUCAGGUUGGAGGAUGAGGUGGAUGUGAGAGAGAUGGCCGUAGUCCCAGAGUCUGGAAGGGUCAGGUUGGAGGAUGAGGUGGAUGUGAGAGAGAUGGCCGUAGUCCAAGAGUCUGGAAGGGUCAGGUUGGAGGAUGAGGUGGAUGUGAGAGAGAUGGCUGAAGUGCCAGAGUCUGGAAGGGUCAGGUUGGAGGAUGAGGUGGAUGUGAGAGAGAUGGCCGUAGUGCCAGAGUCUGGAAGGGUCAGGUUGGAGGAUGAGGUGGAUGUGAGAGAGAUGGCCGUAGUCCAAGAGUCUGGAAGGGUCAGGUUGGAGGAUGAGGUGGAUGUGAGAGAGAUGGCCGUAGUGCCAGAGUCUGGGAGGGUCAGGUUGGAGGAUGAGGUGGAUGUGAGAGAGAUGGCUGUAGUGCCAGAGUCUGGGAGGGUCAGGUUGGAGGAUGAGGUGGAUGUGAGAGAGAUGGCCGUAGUCCAAGAGUCUGGGAGGGUCAGGUUGGAGGAUGAGGUGGAUGUGAGAGAGAUGGCCGUAGUGCCAGAGUCUGGAAGGGUCAGGUUGGAGGAUGAAGUGGAUGUGAGAGAGAUGGCUGUAGUGCCAGAGUCUGGGAGGGUCAGGUUGGAGGAUGAGGUGGAUGUGAGAGAGAUGGCUGUAGUGCCAGAGUCUGGGAGGGUCAGGUUGGAGGAUGAGGUGGAUGUGAAAGAGAUGGCCGUAGUCCAAGAGUCUGGAAGGGUCAGGUUGGAGGAUGAGGUGGAUGUGAGAGAGAUGGCCGUAGUCCAAGAGUCUGGAAGGGUCAGGUUGGAGGAUGAGGUGGAUGUGAGAGAGAUGGCUGUAGUGCCAGAGUCUGGGAGGGUCAGGUUGGAGGAUGAGGUGGAUGUGAGAGAGAUGGCCGUAGUGCCAGAGUCUGGGAGGGUCAGGUUGGAGGAUGAGGUGGAUGUGAGAGAAAUGGCUGUAGUGCCAGAGUCUGGGAGGGUCAGGUUGGAGGAUGAGGUGGAUGUGAGAGAGAUGGCCGUAGUCCAAGAGUCUGGAAGGGUCAGGUUGGAGGAUGAGGUGGAUGUGAGAGAGAUGGCCGUAGUGCCAGAGUCUGGGAGGGUCAGGUUGGAGGAUGAGGUGGAUGUGAGAGAGAUGGCUGUAGUGCCAGAGUCUGGGAGGGUCAGGUUGGAGGAUGAGGUGGAUGUGAGAGAGAUGGCCGUAGUCCAAGAAUCUGGGAGGGUCAGGUUGGAGGAUGAGGUGGAUGUGAGAGAGAUGGCUGUAGUGCCAGAGUCUGGGAGGGUCAGGUUGGAGGAUGAGUUGGAUGUGAGAGAGAUGGCCGUAGUGCCAGAGUCUGGAAGGGUCAGGUUGGAGGAUGAGGUGGAUGUGAGAGAGAUGGCUGUAGUGCCAGAGUCUUGGAGGGUCCAGUUUGAGGCGGAUAUGGAGGUGUUUGGGAAGGAUAUGGUCCGAGAGUAGGAAUGCAGUACCUUUUGCAUUCGAAAGUCACUUCCACUGGAUCCAAGUUAAAGUAGCCGGUAUUGCGGGCCCAGUGGACUCGUACACCGGAUGGGGAAACACGGGAAGUGGUGAAUGGAUAAGUUUGGUCUUUAACCAGAUUUCUGGUGGGUCAUGUGGGGGAAGGGAUAUGAGCCGUGUGGUGUAAGAUUUGGUGUAACUUGGACGGGCAGCUCAUAGUGGGUGUGAAUACAUAAUUUUAACAUUCUAGUGGGGACUUAAGUGCCUUAAAUGUUGGUUAGGUAUUAAACAAUUAUAGAGUUAAGCCUUAGACGGGGAUUGUAAAGCUAAAUUGGGCUAAGGAGGGGGGCUUGUUAGAACGGGGAGGAGUGUGGUAAAGACCGGUUCGACUAGACUGUCCCGACUUGUCCAGCAGUGGCUACUGGGAAAUAGUCUCCAGUUCCGGUUGCCGAGAUUUGGACGGCUGAUUUUCUGCCUUUGUAGAUAAUUGUUUUCGUGGAAAGGC